GAACAGAGAGCCCUGAGAGUAUUUCACGAUGGUUACUUACCCCUUCUCCCUGGCAAAAGCAAAGCAGAUUUUUCUCAGAUCUUUACAGUGAGAAUCUGACAGGAUUCACAGAGGUAAAACUGAGGUAAGUAUUGAGGCCCCUCUCAGACUGAGCCUCCUUGGAGUUUUUUAACUCUCAAGCUAGUCUGCACUGAGCCUCCAGCAAUUCCCCAAUUACAGUUAAGUGUUCCUACUGAUGUUGGCUCCAGCUGUGAAACUAGCUUCAGCUUCUGGCUUCUGUGCCUGGGCUCUACUCCUGGUAAACUGUGAUUCUCUGAAAAGCUGUGAUUCUCUGUAUCUAUCUGUCUGUCUCUCCAGUUUUUAGGGCAGUGGUUUUUCCUGUGACCUCAAUUCUCUGGUGGAUCUAAGAAGAGUUACUGAUUUCAGUUUGCUUAGCUUUUUUUUUUCUUGUUGUGAGGAUGGGAGUGACAACUUCCAAGCUCUUUACAUGUUGAACAGGAAACUGAAAGCCCCUUGGUGUUCCUUUGUAAAUUCAUCUUAAAAAUAUUUAUCAUAAUUGAAAAGUGCUAAUAUCAAAUUUUCAGUCUGUUUAUAUUCCCCCUAAACUCAGAUAAAUAUACAUUUUAUUUUGUGUGUCUGUGUGUGUGGGUUUUGUUGUUGUUGUUUGUUUUUUGUGUUUUUUUUUUUAAGAUAUAGGGUCUUGCUCUGUCAAGGCUGGAGUGCAGUGGCACAAUCGUACAUCUCUGCAGCCUCGAACUCCUGGGAGAAAGUGAUCCUCCCGCUUUAGCCUUCAGAGUAGCUACGACUACAGGCACUAACCACCAAGCCCAGCUAAUUUUUAAAAUUUUUUGUAGAGAUGGGAGUUUCACUUUGUUGCCCAGGCUGGUCUCAAACUCUUGGCCUCAAGUGAUCCUCCUGCCUCAGCCUCCCAAAAUGUUGGAAUUACAGAUACUUUGUGUCUUGAUUCUUGAAAGGAAAAAACAAAGAUUUUUAAUGCCUCUUAUCUUGUACGCACUUUCCUUCCAAACAAUACCCUUUUGCUGCCAUUGUUCUCAUUAUGAAUAGCUUAAAGAAAAAGAAACAAUUAAGGGUAGUAAUAGGCCAGGAAUCACUUACUGAAUACUAGGUCUUCUUGUAUAGUUUGAUACCCUAUAAAUUGUGUGCAUCUGAUGCAUUUCACCUUCAAAAGGCUCAAUGCUCUGUAUUAUUUAGUAGUAAUCAAAAUUUCAAGUUUUACUUAGCCUCCUGAUUCACUGCCCAAUUUCCUAAUAAAUACGGGCUAAGGGUCAAUGGGGUCAUUUGCAAGUAAUCUUGUAGUCUACUCAGAAAGUUCUGCAAAGUUAGAAAGUGAUUAAAUGACUGUUUGUUAAGAUAUACUUACAUAGUAAUAACCUAAAUGCAUUUGUUAAGUGGUUGUAGAGAGAGGGAUUUAAAAUUUUAUCCUAUAUGAAAUUUUCCUUUUUGGUGUCUGUUAUUUAAUAGGAUUGUUUGAAUUAGGGGAUACUAUUUGGUGCCUUUGUAACUAUAUGAAAAUUAGUUGGUUGAAUAUUACUGCUUUCCAUGUUCAUAUUUAUAUUUGUAGAGACAUAUAUAUACAUACACAUAUACUACUUUCCUUUCCAUUUUCAUAUUUAUAUUUGUGUAUACACAUAUACAUAAACAUAUAUUUUAUACAUUUUUGAAAAGGAAAAUUAACUUAAGGGCAAAUUUAAUGAAUAUUCAAAAAUUUUUUUGAUCAAAUUAUCAUUCUGCUUUAAACUUUUGAAAUGAUCCAAAAAAUUUUUAAAUGACUUAGAUUUACUGUUACAAAAUGCUUGUCUUUUGAUGUCACAAACAUUAUAUACUAUAAUCACUGGCCAGAGAGAAUUGCUAUAAGUAUAAUGAAAAGGGAAAUGAUGGAAGAUCUCUGCAGCUAUCCUCAUAAAUGAGGGUGGGAACACGAUGGAUAGUUCCAAAGUUGAAAAUAGAGAAUAUAUGUGGAUUUAUAUUAACAUAAUUGGUAUUCUUGGAUAGUUAAAAAUGGCUAAACUGUAGAAGCCCGAGUAAUUACUGUUAACAGAGGAAUAAAUUUGAGGGCAAUAAUAAUGAUGAUAGGCCAGGCACUGUGGCUCAUGCCUGUAAUCCCAGCACUUUGGGAACCCGAGGCGAGCGGACCACCUGAGGUCAGGAGUUCGAGAGCAGCCUGGCCAACAUGGUGAAACCUCGUCUCUACUAAAAAUAGAAAAAUUAUCCAAGUGUGGUGGUGGGUGCCUGUAAUCCCAGCUACUUGGGAGGCUGAGGCAGGAGAAUCACUUGUACCUGGGAGGCGGAGUUGCAGUGAGCCGAAAUCGCGCCACUGCGCUCCAGCCUGUGGGCCAGAGCGAGACUCCGCCUCAAAAUAAUAAUAAUGAUAAUAAUAAUAACGCCACCAACAAUACUAAGAGCUAACAUUUACUGAGUGCUUACUAUGUACCAGAUAUUGUUCUAAGUAUACAUUUAUUAUCUCAUUUAACCAUCCAUAAUACUGUGGUAUAGACACUUUUAUAUCCAUUUUAUAAAUAAGUAAACUGAGUUAUGGAGAGAUUAAACGACUUGCCAGUAAGAUUCAAAGCCUGUGUACAAGCUCACGCUUGAUUCUGGAGCCAGUGUUCUUAACACAGUAUCUUGAGAAUGUUAAACUAAAAAGUUUUUAAUUUACAGAAUUAUUCUUUCCACAAUUAAAAAAGAAAUUAUGAGUAAUUAUUUUUAGUUCUUUCUUCUCUUCAGGCAUUUCCCAUGGUUCUUUUCAAGACAUAAUACAUAUCAUUUAGUGUUGUAGAUCUGAAAAAACAAAAGUAGCGUGAAGAUCAAAAAUUUUCUAAAGAGACGGAGUCUCGCUACGUUCCCUAGGCUGGAACACCCAGGCUCAAGGGAUCCUCCAGCCUCACACCUCUGAGUAGCUGGAACCACCCUGUCCGCUAAGGUCAAUGUUUAAUCGUAUCUUUGUAGGUCUACUGACCAGUUAAAAAGAGGUGCUGUAUACAUUGGUUGUUGUCUUGUCAGAGUUUGAUGCUUCUAUAUAGACCAUUGUUUUUACAUGCUAAUACAAUUGAAAGCCACUACAGAUAUUUAUAUUUACAACCCAAAGCUAGGUUUUAACAAGAAACUCAUAAGGCAAAGGUGAGAAGUAAAAUAACUUAGCGCCAAGUGGAGAUAUAUGUGCAAUGCUACUUUGUUGGUCUCAAAAUAUAUUUUUCUUUUAGAAGACUGACAGGCUUGAAGUUUAUGCCUCCAAAGACAAAAGUGAUUACGUUUUGUUUAGUAGCUUGCAAAGUUGCCAAAGGCCAUUUUUUCUACUCUUUCCCUGAAAUUGGUUUAUAUGCUUAUUAAAGUCAUUUAUACCUAUUUGCAAAUGCUUAACAUAGUUUCAGAUUUUAAGAUUUCCCUGCAACUUUAUUUCCCUUGAAGUUUACAGCAACAGGAGUUCAUUUUUAUUUUUAAUUGCAUUUAUUCAGUAAGUAAACUCCGCCACAGAAAAACUUAGUAGACAAGGUGAGUUCCCCUGUGCUCCGUGGCAAAGAGUGCGGUGGGUGACAUUGACCCAUGGUUAGGUAAUCUGGUAAGGAAAGACCCCGUUGUAACACAUCUGAGCAACGAGACCAAAGGAAGGGCUUGCUGCCACGAGGCGAAGUCUGCUUUUUUGAACAGAGAGCUCAGCAGAGUUGGGCGGCAAUCAUGCCCAGCACUGCGGCCGAGGAGAAAGAGAGCAGGAGUAUUACAUUACUGCACCAAGAGUAGGAAAAUAUGAUGCAUGUUUGGGACCAGGCAACCGAAAUCCCUUCUCAGCAGCGCCUCCCAAAGCCGGGCACCGCCUUCCUUCGGAGAAGGCGCAGAGUCCCCAGACUCGGGCUGAGCCGCACCCCCAUCUCCUUUCUCUUUCCUCCGCCGCUAAACACAGACGAGCACGUGAGCGCCGCAGCCCGUCCCAGCUGUGCCUCAGCUGACCGCCUCCUGAUUGGCUGAGAGCGGCGUGGGCUGGGGUGGGGACUUGCCGCCUGCGUCGCUCGCCAUUGGAUCUCGAGGAACCCGCCUCCACCUCAGGUGAGGCGGGCUUGCGGGAGCGCGCGCCGGCCUGGGCAGGCGAGCGGGCGCGCUCCCGCCCCCUCUCCCCUCCCCGCGCGCCCGAGCGCGCCUCCGCCCUUGCCCGCCCCCUGACGCUGCCUCAGCUCCUCAGUGCACAGUGCUGCCUUGUCUGAGGGGACAGGAGGAUCACCCUCGUCGUCGCUUCGGCCAGUGCGUCGGGCUGGGCCCUGACAAGCCACCUGAGGAGAGGCUCGGAGCCGGGCCCGGACCCCGGGGAUUGCCGCCCGCUUCUCUCUAGUCUCACGAGGGGUUUCCCGCCUCGCACCCCCACCUCUGGACUUGCCUUUCCUUCUCUCUCCGCGUGUGGAGGGAGCCAGCGCUUAGGCCGGAGCGAGCCUGGGGGCCGCCCGCCGUGAAGACAUCGCGGGGACCGAUUCACCAUGGAGGGCGCCGGCGGCGCGAACGACAAGAAAAAGAUAAGUUCUGAACGUCGAAAAGAAAAGUCUCGAGAUGCAGCCAGAUCUCGGCGAAGUAAAGAAUCUGAAGUUUUUUAUGAGCUUGCUCAUCAGUUGCCACUUCCACAUAAUGUGAGUUCGCAUCUUGAUAAGGCCUCUGUGAUGAGGCUUACCAUCAGCUAUUUGCGUGUGAGGAAACUUCUGGAUGCUGGUGAUUUGGAUAUUGAAGAUGACAUGAAAGCACAGAUGAAUUGCUUUUAUUUGAAAGCCUUGGAUGGUUUUGUUAUGGUUCUCACAGAUGAUGGUGACAUGAUUUACAUUUCUGAUAAUGUGAACAAAUACAUGGGAUUAACUCAGUUUGAACUAACUGGACACAGUGUGUUUGAUUUUACUCAUCCAUGUGACCAUGAGGAAAUGAGAGAAAUGCUUACACACAGAAAUGGCCUUGUGAAAAAGGGUAAAGAACAAAACACACAGCGAAGCUUUUUUCUCAGAAUGAAGUGUACCCUAACUAGCCGAGGAAGAACUAUGAACAUAAAGUCUGCAACAUGGAAGGUAUUGCACUGCACAGGCCACAUUCACGUAUAUGAUACCAACAGUAACCAACCUCAGUGUGGGUAUAAGAAACCACCUAUGACCUGCUUGGUGCUGAUUUGUGAACCCAUUCCUCACCCAUCAAAUAUUGAAAUUCCUUUAGAUAGCAAGACUUUCCUCAGUCGACACAGCCUGGAUAUGAAAUUUUCUUAUUGUGACGAAAGAAUUACCGAAUUGAUGGGAUAUGAGCCAGAAGAACUUUUAGGCCGCUCAAUUUAUGAAUAUUAUCAUGCUUUGGACUCUGAUCAUCUGACCAAAACUCAUCAUGAUAUGUUUACUAAAGGACAAGUCACCACAGGACAGUACAGGAUGCUUGCCAAAAGAGGUGGAUAUGUCUGGGUUGAAACUCAAGCAACUGUCAUAUAUAACACCAAGAAUUCUCAACCACAGUGCAUUGUAUGUGUGAAUUACGUUGUGAGUGGUAUUAUUCAGCACGACUUGAUUUUCUCCCUUCAACAAACAGAAUGUGUCCUUAAACCGGUUGAAUCUUCAGAUAUGAAAAUGACUCAGCUAUUCACCAAAGUUGAAUCAGAAGAUACAAGUAGCCUCUUUGACAAACUUAAGAAGGAACCUGAUGCUUUAACUUUGCUGGCCCCAGCCGCUGGAGACACAAUCAUAUCUUUAGAUUUUGGCAGCAACGACACAGAAACUGAUGACCAGCAACUUGAGGAAGUACCAUUAUAUAAUGAUGUAAUGCUCCCCUCACCCAACGAAAAAUUACAGAAUAUAAAUUUGGCAAUGUCUCCAUUACCUACCGCUGAAACGCCAAAGCCACUUCGAAGUAGUGCUGACCCUGCACUCAAUCAAGAAGUUGCAUUAAAAUUAGAACCAAAUCCAGAGUCACUGGAACUUUCUUUUACCAUGCCCCAGAUUCAGGAUCAGACACCUAGUCCUUCCGAUGGAAGCACUAGACAAAGUUCACCUGAGCCUAAUAGUCCCAGUGAAUAUUGUUUUUAUGUGGAUAGUGAUAUGGUCAAUGAAUUCAAGUUGGAAUUGGUAGAAAAACUUUUUGCUGAAGACACAGAAGCAAAGAACCCAUUUUCUACUCAGGACACAGAUUUAGACUUGGAGAUGUUAGCUCCCUAUAUCCCAAUGGAUGAUGACUUCCAGUUACGUUCCUUCGAUCAGUUGUCACCAUUAGAAAGCAGUUCCGCAAGCCCUGAAAGCGCAAGUCCUCAAAGCACAGUUACAGUAUUCCAGCAGACUCAAAUACAAGAACCUACUGCUAAUGCCACCACUACCACUGCCACCACUGAUGAAUUAAAAACAGUGACAAAAGACUGUAUGGAAGACAUUAAAAUAUUGAUUGCAUCUCCAUCUCCUACCCACAUACAUAAAGAAACUACUAGUGCCACAUCAUCACCAUAUAGAGAUACUCAAAGUCGGACAGCCUCACCAAACAGAGCAGGAAAAGGAGUCAUAGAACAGACAGAAAAAUCUCAUCCAAGAAGCCCUAACGUGUUAUCUGUCGCUUUGAGUCAAAGAACUACAGUUCCUGAGGAAGAACUAAAUCCAAAGAUACUAGCUUUGCAGAAUGCUCAGAGAAAGCGAAAAAUGGAACAUGAUGGUUCACUUUUUCAAGCAGUAGGAAUUGGAACAUUAUUACAGCAGCCAGACGAUCAUGCAGCUACUACAUCACUUUCUUGGAAACGUGUAAAAGGAUGCAAAUCUAGUGAACAGAAUGGAAUGGAGCAAAAGACAAUUAUUUUAAUACCCUCUGAUUUAGCAUGUAGACUGCUGGGGCAAUCAAUGGAUGAAAGUGGAUUACCACAGCUGACCAGUUAUGAUUGUGAAGUUAAUGCUCCUAUACAAGGCAGCAGAAACCUACUGCAGGGUGAAGAAUUACUCAGAGCUUUGGAUCAAGUUAACUGAGCUUUUUCAUAAUUUCAUUCCUUUUUUUGGACACUGGUGGCUCAUUACCUAAAGCAGUCUAUUUAUAUUUUCUACAUCUAAUUUUAGAAGCCUGGCUACAAUACUGCACAAACUUGGUUAGUUCAAUUUUGAUCCCCUUUCUACUUAAUUUACAUUAAUGCUCUUUUUUAGUAUGUUCUUUAAUGCUGGAUCACAGACAGCUCAUUUUCUCAGUUUUUUGGUAUUUAAACCAUUGCAUUGCAGUAGCAUCAUUUUUAAAAAUGCACCUUUUUAUUUAUUUAUUUUUGGCUAGGGAGUUUAUCCCUUUUUCGAAUUAUUUUUAAGAAGAUGCCAAUAUAAUUUUUGUAAGAAGGCAGUAACCUUUCAUCAUGAUCAUAGGCAGUUGAAAAAUUUUUACACCUUUUUUUUCACAUUUUACAUAAAUAAUAAUGCUUUGCCAGCAGUACGUGGUAGCCACAAUUGCACAAUAUAUUUUCUUAAAAAAUACCAGCAGUUACUCAUGGAAUAUAUUCUGCGUUUAUAAAACUAGUUUUUAAGAAGAAAUUUUUUUUGGCCUAUGAAAUUGUUAAACCUGGAACAUGACAUUGUUAAUCAUAUAAUAAUGAUUCUUAAAUGCUGUAUGGUUUAUUAUUUAAAUGGGUAAAGCCAUUUACAUAAUAUAGAAAGAUAUGCAUAUAUCUAGAAGGUAUGUGGCAUUUAUUUGGAUAAAAUUCUCAAUUCAGAGAAAUCAUCUGAUGUUUCUAUAGUCACUUUGCCAGCUCAAAAGAAAACAAUACCCUAUGUAGUUGUGGAAGUUUAUGCUAAUAUUGUGUAACUGAUAUUAAACCUAAAUGUUCUGCCUACCCUGUUGGUAUAAAGAUAUUUUGAGCAGACUGUAAACAAGAAAAAAAAACUCAUGCAUUCUUAGCAAAAUUGCCUAGUAUGUUAAUUUGCUCAAAAUACAAUGUUUGAUUUUAUGCACUUUGUCGCUAUUAACAUCCUUUUUUUCAUGUAGAUUUCAAUAAUUGAGUAAUUUUAGAAGCAUUAUUUUAGGAAUAUAUAGUUGUCACAGUAAAUAUCUUGUUUUUUCUAUGUACAUUGUACAAAUUUUUCAUUCCUUUUGCUCUUUGUGGUUGGAUCUAACACUAACUGUAUUGUUUUGUUACAUCAAAUAAACAUCUUCUGUGGACCAGG